CAUCCUUAGGAGAAGUGCCUUAGACUUAUCCAAGCCACAGUUGUCAUCCUUUUUGCAAGAACAACACCAAAUACCUCGGAAUUAAAAGAAAUAUCAAGGUGAUGGACACUCAAGCCAGCUGAAGUUGGCAACCAGACACUUUCUUAUGGAUUUUGGGAGUAUUUCUACCAGUAAAUUGUCUGCUUGGAUUGAUUAAUGACUUCUGAAUUGCAGUGAGAAUUUGGCGAGUGAUUGAAGAACAGCCACCAAAACCUGAGUGCAAAUUACAGACUGGAGAAUUUUCCAGCUCAAAGAAAAACAGAAACAAACAGGUGCAAAUUACCUUUCCUUAAAAGAAAACAAAUGUUCUUUACAGUGUGUUGGGUGGACUCUGGGAAGCUGGUGACACUAGGCAGCCUCCUGUUGCUGAUCUUCUCACAAAUACUGAUAAAAGAGGCUAUAUCCCCCACCCUGGCCCUGAUGGAUAUGGCUCUGCAUUCCUUUGAUGACCAGUAUCUGGGGUGCAGAGAGGAGAUGAUCAAAGAACUGGAGCAAGGAGACUAUUUUCAAAAGGAAAUAGCUGCUAACAAGGACUACUUUCAUCUCUGGAAGAGGGCUCAGAAGGCUUUGCUGAAGAGCCCUGCAGGACUCCUGAGGGAGAUGCGUGAUAGCCACGCCACAGUCCUCAUGGCUUACACCAUGAACUCCUCCCUGCACUCGCAGCUGAACUGGGCCACAUCUACAGCAGGAAUCUCUCCAGAGCACUACAGACACAAGUUCAGUUUUAAAUAUUUCCACUUCUACCUAACGACUGCUAUCCAGAUAUUGAAGGGAUGGCAGAGCAGCAUGGGGGAACAGAAGUGCUACCAGGUGCACAGGGGUGUAAAGGACUCAUAUAUCGAGGCCAAGGUAGGCAGCAGGGUGAGAUUUGGACAUUUCACUUCUACCUCCCGCCUCAGGAAUGAAGCCCAGAAGUUUGGGAAUGAAACUUUGUUCACAGUGACCACUUGCCUGGGAGCAGCUUUGCAAGGCUUUUCUUACCACCCAUCUGAGAGGGAAGUCCUCAUUCCCCCUUAUGAGAUAUUUCUUGUCAAAAGCUUCUUUCAGACCCAGCAGGGUAACCGUGUGCAUCUGCAUUCUGUGGGGAACUGCAGCAAGUACCAGUGCCAGCUGCUGGAAGCUUCAAGAAGCAAGAACAGUGGUUACACUGCACUAGCCUCUGCCAUUCUCCCUAGUGUGCUUGGAGUUUCCCUGUGCUUGGCCCACAGCCUCUGAUUCUCUGGCUGCAUCCA